AAGAAGGGCGUGCUUCAAACCCAUUCCCGCUUCCAGCCACAGAUAAGGCUGUAAUCGGAAAAUUUCCCAGAGAUGAGACCGCAGGGAGCGGACGUGAGGCAGGCGGGGGUUCCGCACUUGGGAGCGGCACCGGUUUUGGCCUCACAUCCCACAGCUGAGGGUGCUGCCGGCAGCUGCCUCCUCCCUCUGCCCACGCGUGCUCUUGAGCAAGCCCUCCCCGGUGGAGGCAGGGAGCCCCCGGCUGCGCACCCCCCGGGCGGGGCCGGGCCGGGUGGGGCUCUGCUGCCCGCCCCGCUCCCCGCUCCCGGUUCCUGGCGCCCCGCGGCAGCGAUGGGCUCCGGGCGCUGCCGCUCGCUCCUGCCCGCUCUGCUGCUGCUGCUGCUGCUACUGCUGCCACCCGCAGCGUGGGGUGACUGUGGGCCGUUGCCACCUAUAAACCACGCGGAGCCCCCAGAGGACACUAAACAUAAGGAAAGCUUCAGUGUCGACUCCAAAGUAACGUACAGGUGCCUUACGGGUUAUGUCAAACGCCCCUUGAUGUCAGACACGAUACAGUGCCUUGCAAACUCCCAGUGGUCCAACCUCCCGGAGUUUUGUGGCCGUAGCUGUUCCAGCCCGCCACGUGUGGUUUUUGCCAAAAUAUCAGAAGAAGACCAAACACAGAAUUUUUAUGCUGUUGGUGUCACUGUGAAGUAUAUUUGUCGCCCAGGCUACGAGAACACCACAGACCAGUUCCCCACCAGCACUUGCCUUGACAAUUUAACGUGGUCAGAAGUUCCCGAGCUAUGUCGGAGGAAAUCUUGCGGUAUUCCAACAAAUCCACAACACGGCAAAGUCGUUACAAAUGGUUACCUGUUCGGUAUGAAAGCAGAUGUAGUUUGUAACCGUGGGUACACGUUAAAGGGCGAGUCAUCUCUCAUCUGGUGUUUCCAAAAGGGAGAUGGAGUUGCCUGGAGUCAUAUUCCAGCUUGUCAGGCUAUUUCCUGUCCUCCACCUCCAGCUAUCGCUGAUGGGAAGCACAAUGGCAACGGUACGGAGGAGUUCAUGUACAGCUCAGUCGUGAUGUACAUGUGUGACCCUGGGCUCCAGCUAGUGGGAAAUGAAACUCUUCAUUGUACAACAGAGGACGGGAUCAAUGGUGUCUGGAGCGGAUCCCCUCCCAAAUGCAAGGUUAUUCUCACUACAGCACCAACAAACCAAACUGAACCCUCAGAAGAGAAGAGACCAGAGAAACUUCACUGGCUAGCAAGUAUCCUCAUCCCUAGUUGCAUUGUUCUCCUUGUAAUCCCUGGAAUUCUAGCUUGGAUCAUCAUAAGAUGCAAAGACAACAAAAAACACUCUUAUAAUAUGCAUUUACAAAAGCAGGAGGCGAAGGGAAGGGAUCCAGCGAUACACCCAAAGAUAACGGAUGACGAGAAGCAGCCCGGGCCGUGGCAUUCCUAUUUUUGCCACACAACGAGUUGCCACGUGUGUCCCACCUGCGAGGAGCGGCUGCACGCCGCCCUGGCCCCCCGCGCCGACCCCGCGCACCGUGGCUGUGCCACCUGCGAGGACUGGCUGCGUGCCCAGCCCGGCACACCACGCACCUACUCGGUCCCCAGCAUCAGCGGCGAGGAGAGCCGAAGCCCUGCAGGCAUGAGCUCUCCGGCCAAAGCUGCGGAUGCGCUGAGGGGUGACGGCGCAGGAGAAGCUGUUCCGGAGCGGAGCGAGGCAGAGCAGCCCGUGGACCACGAAAGCAACCAUCACAUCUGUCCCAUCUGUGAAAGCUGGCUGCGCACCCACCUUGGCCAGUGCGAAAGCCGUCCUGCGGCACCCAGGGAGCGGCCGGGGGGGCCCCACCGGCAGGACGAGGGCCCGCAGAGUGCCGUCUGCCCUCCCUGCGCCGACCGGCUGCACCUCUCCCUCAUCCACAGCGACACGGCGGGCUGCCCCGUGUGUCCCCUGGCCGGGGAGGGCACCCUGGCUCACCUCGUCCCCCACCGCACCCCCGGCUGCCACGUCUGCCCCGUCUGCGCGGCGCCCACCCACAUGCACCUGUGCCAGCCCUGGCGCCAGGCGCCCGACGGAUAAACGCCGGCGGCUGUAACGGCCUAAGCAGCACGAAACUGGUUGGAGAGAAGGAAGAGUUGCUACACUAACUCCUGACGUCACCAGGGAUGAAGCUCAAAGUGCAAUAAGGCAACUUGAAGUUAAGUGUCUGACUUCGCAAUCAAGAAUUUCUUUGUAAACAAGCAGGAAAAUCAAACAUACUACAAAUUCAGUUCCACGUUGGUUUAAUGCCUACUUUUUUGUUUGUUUUAGUAUGAAAAAACAAUUUUUGCAGCUCUUAAAGUGGGGCUUUUAAACUUCAAUAAAUGUUUCUUUCCACUAGGAAAAUAAUUUCAUAGUAAACACCCUCUUUGCACAUUCUUGCAAGAUUUACUUGUAUUUUUUAAACUACUUUUUAACUGAGGUUCCUUUACUAGUAUGCAGGUACGAGUGCAAAAUUUGCAGUAUCUAUGGUAAAACUGUUUUGUAAAUAUAAGGAAUAUAAAAUAAGCAAUACUGGUA